GGUAGAUGCGCAAAGGCAGGGCGAGGCAGGCUCCCCGACAGCCGCCGCCUCUUCGGAUGGCUGCAGUCACCCCGGGGUAGGAACCGCGGCGGACGCGCCACGACCCGGUUUCAUGGACUGCCCGUCUCGAUGCCUGGAGUUCCGCAGGGCUUCUCCGGUCGGAAGGUCGCUCCUCGGGAUGCUGCCCUCCUAAAGACACUCCCCAGAGCCCAAGCAGAGACGGGCCAGGAUGCGCGGGGCGCUGGUGCUGCGCGCCUGGCUGGCGGCGGCCGCCUGGCUGGCGGGCCCGAGCGGCGGCUGCCCGGAGCCGUGCGCCUGUGUGGACAAGUACGCGCAGCAGUUCGCCGACUGCGCCUACAAGGAGCUGGAAGCCGUGCCGGCGGGGCUGCCGUCUAACGUGACCACGCUGAGCCUGUCGGCCAACAAGAUCUCCGCCCUGCGCCGGGGCUCCUUCGCGGAGGUGACGCAGGUGACCUCGCUGUGGCUGGCGCACAACCGGAUCGGGGCCAUCGAGGCGGGCACGCUGGCCAUCCUGGCGCAGCUGAAGAACCUCGACGUCAGCCACAACCAGAUCGUGGACUUCCCUUGGGGAGACCUGCGCAACCUGAGCGCGCUGCAGCUGCUCAAGAUGAACAACAACCGCAUGGGCCACCUGCCCGGCGACGCCUUCCGCACCCUGCGCGACCUGCGCUCGCUCCGCAUCAACAACAACCAGUUCAGCGCCGUGGCCGAGGGCACCUUCGAGCCGCUCACCUCCCUCUCCCACCUCCAGAUCUACAACAACCCCUUCAACUGCACCUGCCAGCUCAUGUGGCUGAAGAACUGGACCGAGAACACCCUCAUCUCCAUCCCGGAGAGGGACUCCAUCAGCUGCGCCGCCCCGGAGAAGCUGCGCGGCAUCCCGCUGGCCCGCAUCCCCUACUUGCAGUGCGCGCCCCCGCUCGUCCAGCUCUCCUACCACCCCAACCUGGACCGCACCCGGCUGUACUACGGCUUCACCCUCGCUUUGCACUGCAAAGCCACCGGCCUGCCCCAGCCCGAGGUCAGCUGGCGAGUCCAGACGGCCGGUCAGACGCUGGAGAUCCAAAGCCCGGCCUCGGAAGGAGACGGGAACGCGCUGCCCGCCGAGGGCGCCCGGGCAGAGCAGGAGCGAUUCCGAGCUUUCGGCAACGGCACCCUCCUCAUCCCCCACCUCAGCAAGAAAGAAGAAGGCACCUACACGUGCCUGGCCGCCAACGAGGUGGGCAGCAACCAAACCUCCGUCAACGUGGCCGUGGCUGACCCCCAGAAAGACCCCGGAGGCCCGCUGGCCGACCCCAAAGCCCAGCCCGGGGGGAGGAAGGCGGCGGACGGCAAGGCCUCCAAGAAUAGCGUCAUGAAGCCCGAGGAGAGGAGCAAGCCGGCCCAGGCCAGGCCCACGGCCAGGACCUACCACCCCGCCGGCCCUCCCAACGCCAGCGCCGCCGAGGGCGCGCCCUUCCAGCCCCCCAACUUCGAGAGGAAGUGCGGCUCCAGCGAGGCCACCCGCUACGUCUCCAACCACGCCUUCAACCAGAGCGGGGACCUCAAGCCCCACCACUUCGACCUGGGGGUCAUCGCCCUGGACGUCUCGGAGCGGGAGGCCAAGGUCCAGAUCACCCCCUUCUACACCCAGUCGGAGAAGGUGCACCUGCGGAUGCUCUACCUGUGCCAGGAGCGGCGGGGGAGCCACGCAGUGGUGCAGUGGUCCGAGGUGGAGGAGGGCGUCAACGCCUACUGGUUCCAGGGGCUGCUGCCGGGCACUAACUACUCGGUCUGCAUGACCUACGUCGGGGAGGACUGCCAGGUGCAGGUGGUCUUCACCACCAAGCGGGAGGUGCCCUCGCUGCUGAUCAUCGUGGUGGUCAGCAUCUUCCUGCUGGGGCUGGCCACCAUCCCCCUGGUGGGGGCCACCUGCUGCCACCUCCUCUCCAAGUACCACGGCAAGACCUACAAGCUCAUCAUGAAGGCGCAGAACCCGGACCAGAUGGAGAAGCACAUGGCGGCCGAUUUCGACCCCCGGGCUUCCUACCUGGAGUCGGAAAGGCAUUACGGCCCCAGCGAGGGGGGAGAGGGGGAGGAAGAGGAGGAGGAGGAGGAAGGCGGGGAGGAGCGCAGGAGGGAGGAGAGCCUGGGCACCGGCUCCCUCCCCGAAUCCCAGUCCAAAACCAACCCGGAGGAGUUCGAAGUGCGCUCGGAGUACAGCGACCGGCUGCCUCUGGGGGCCGAGGCGGUGACCAUCUCCCAAGAGAUCAAUGGCAACUACAAGCAGCCGGCCCGCUGAGGCUUCCCUCCGGCUAAGCCCCCUCCCGCCGGGAGCUCCCGGGAGCAGGCCUUGCAGAAUGAGAAAAGAGAAUGCGCGGAUCUGGGUGCGGUCCCAGCAUCGCUGGCUGACCGGGGACAGUUUUGUUUUCCAAGGCGCUUAAGCCGAGGGGAAGGGACGGCGCCUCCGACCUGAGUAAUUCAAGUCGAUCCUGGAUUUUGUGAAGGUUGAUUUUUGUGGGGAAGGGGCGGUGGGGUCGGUGACUAGAUGCCCCAGAUAGGCGGGCACAGAGCGGGUCUGUUUUCGGCAACCUCGGGAGCAAUCCUGAGCAGGUCUACUUAGAAGUCAGUCCCAUUUUAUUCAAGUGUUCUUAGGACCACAGCCUUGGAGGAAUUCGCUUUCCCAAACUUUUAAGAAACCUUCCCUUGCUUUGCACCAAACAAAAGGUUUCUCCCUCUCCUUUUACCUAUUCAUGUAACAAUUUUUACACAAUUGAAUUAAUCCUCCCCCUCCCCAAAUUGACACACAAGCGAUUGACUAUAAAGAUUUUUUUUUAAAAAAGAUCAAAAAUGCCUUAAACUUGUGAGCUCCAGCCACCUGGGCUAGAGAAUCCAUUCCUCUUUUAGAUUUUUAGAAGGCGAGUCCCUGCCAGUUCAGGAGGUUGUAGGUGCUGGACAGCUCCCCAAACCCCUUUUGCUUUUCUGGCCGGGGAGGCAACCGAAAUCCGGAUCGGUUCCGCGCGUCCAAGGUUGCCCCAAAACCGAUUCGCCAGGUCACCCGGACCCUAUACAGUGUUAAUGGAGCCGUGCUGUAGAAAACGGAGCUGUGUGUGGUGUGUGUGACUUUGAUUUUGGACCCUUCCAGGGGUGCCUUCCAUUGAUGAACAGGCCGAGACCCUCCCAGCUGAUGGUCUUUGGUGUCUCUAUUUCCGCCCCCCCCCUUGUCUGAGGCAUGUCACUUUCAAAGAUCAGUAUUUCCUAAAUGUUUAUUCAGUAGUGUAGUUUGCUUAGAGAAUCGUAUUUGGCCCCCUCUCCCCUAGAUGUGAUUCCCUGAUGUCCAAAAAGCCAAACGAGAGAGGAGGCUUGGUGGAUUUUUUUUUUUUUUGCUGUCGAGAAUUGAACAUUGAAAUAUCGUUGCAACUGGUGCAGCUGUGAGUCUUUUGAAUUCUUCUUCUUAUCGCCUCUGUUAACUUAAAAAAAAUUAUAUAUGCAACAAAACCCCAACCAGAUAUCAGCACAAGCUUCUCCGGGGUGGGGAAGGAGGAGGGAAAAAAAUGGAUCCUUUACCAUAUUUUCAAAGGCAACCUUUAAAAAGGGAACAGGCUGAAUUCACAACAUUAACCCGGUGACCUUUUAUACCGCGCUUCUGUAUGUGGAAAGUCAAUAAUAAAAAAACAGAUUUAA